AUGUCAGUGAGAGAAACCGGUUAUUAUGAUUCUCUUGGAAUUAAACCAACAGCCAGCGAUGAAGAAAUUAAGAAAGCGUAUAGAAAAUUAGCAAUAAAGUAUCACCCAGAUAAAAACCCAGGAGAUAAAAAUGCUGAAGAAAAAUUUAAAGAAAUUACAGAAGCGUAUGCAGUUCUUUCUGACCAUCAAAAGAGAGAAAUGUAUGAUAAGUAUGGAAAGAAAGGACUUGAAGAAGGAGGAAUGGGAGGAUUUGAUAUGAAUGAUAUUUUAUCACAAUUCUUUGGUGGAGGAUUCGGAGGAUUUGGUGGAGGAUUUGGUGGAGGAUUUGGUGGAUUUGAAAGAAAGUCUUCUGGUCCAAGAAAAGGUAAAUCAAUUCAAGUCUCAUUAAACUGUACUUUAGAAGAUUUAUAUAAUGGAAAAACUUUUAAAAGAAAGAUUACACAUGAUAUUAUUUGUAAAGCAUGUUCUGGAAAUGGAACUAAAUCAGGGGCUAAGGCACAGACAUGCAACACUUGUAAAGGAAAUGGAUUUAGAGUUGUUCGUGUCCAACAAGGUUUUUGCAUUAUGCAAAGUCAAGAAGUUUGUCCUAAAUGUAAAGGAAAAGGGGUUGUUGUUAAUGAAAAAGAUUUAUGUAAAAUGUGUCAUGGAGAUAAAGUUGUAAGUGAAGAAAAAAUACUUGAAGUUAUUGUUCAGCCAGGAACUAAAGACAAAGAAACAAUUGUCUUUCCAGGAGAGUCUGAUCAAGCACCAGGUAUAAUUGCAGGAGAUGUCAUAUUUGUAAUUCAAACUAAAGAACAUUCAAUAUUUGAACGUAAAGAAAAUAAUUUGGUUAUGAACAAAAAAAUUACUUUGAAUGAAGCUUUGACUGGUGUUGUUUUCACUGUUAAAACAUUAGAUGGAAGAGAACUUUUUAUUGAAGGAAAAGAUGUUAUUCAACCAAAAAGUUAUAUGAAAGUAAUUGGUGAAGGUUUUACCAUUAAACAUCAUCCAGAAGAACGUGGUGAUUUAUAUAUCUAUUUUGAAGUCAAAUUCCCUACAACUACUGAAAUUAAAAAUUCUCUUAAUGCGUUAAAGAAAGUACUUCCUUCUGGAAGCACUCCUCCAAUGAAAGAUGAUAAACAUACUAUUUGUACACUCAUUCCAUCUUCUGCACCUAGUGAAUCUUCUAAAAAUAGUUAUAGACAACCUCAUAUGGAUGUAGAAGAUGAUGAAGAAGACCCAAGAGGAGGUGUUCAAUGUGCUGCACAAUAA